AUGGCGUCUCUACCGAGAACAGCAUGGAAGCGGCUACUACGUACCCAGCGAGUAGCGAAGAAUCAAUUGGAGCUUCCCAAACUGCGACGCGUCGACAUACGAAGCUUCCAUGCAACCACGAGGCACGCGACAGACGGGGUAUUCCAGGCAUUGACGCAAGCCAGGAUCCAGACACCAUGGAUCGAAGCUCUCCGCAAGAAGCAGAAUGAGGGCCACGAUCCUACCCAAGGCUCCGGCAAGCCAGAAACCCCCGCAAACCGCAGCCUCGAGCCCAAGCGGAUGUCAGACAGCUACCACAGCGUGAUUCUGCCGCUUGCACAAGAUCCAUGGCUGUCUGAUACUUACCUUAAUUCAUCUGGUCAGAUCAGGCUUGGCACCAUUUUCAUGGACCUCGAUGCUUUGUCAGGCAUCAUUGCGUACAAGCACACAGGCGAGGAUGUAACUACGGUUACAGCAGCCUGCGACAGAAUCACCAUCAAUCACCCCCUGACUGAGAUAUGCGACCUCGAGCUCAGCGGUCAGGUGACUUAUGCUACCGGCAGAAGCAGCAUGGAGAUUUCAAUCCAAGUUGCUAAGGCGCCCAAGGAGGGUCAGAAAGUCGAGGACGAGGAUGUCCUGCUGAACUGUACCUUCACGAUGGUGUCGCUAGAUCCUGGGACGAAGAAACCCGUACCCAUCAAUCCCGUCAUCGUCGAGACAGAGGAAGAACGCCGUCUGUUCGAGAGAGGCGAGCGGAACUCCAAGCGCAGAAAGGAGCGCGCCCGGACGUCUCUCCUCGAGCACACGCCCAAUGACGAAGAGAGCGAUCUAAUCCACGCCCUCUGGCAACGCCAACUGCAAUACCACGGCAAGCCCUCUAACCUCCAUGUCCAAAGCCCCUCACUAACAGCACCCCUAGACCCCAGCGACGCCCUCCGCAAACCCGACAACGUCCACUUCAUGGACGCCACCGUGCUGCGCACCGCUAGCAUAAUGCAGCCCCAAUACCGCAACCGGCACCACUUCAUGAUCUUCGGCGGGUUCCUGCUAAAGGCAACCUUCGAGCUCGCCUUCUGCGCCGCGGCCUCCUUCGCGCACACACGGCCAACCUUCGUCUCGCUCGACCCGAGCACAUUCCAGAACCCCGUCCCCGUGGGCAGCGUGCUCUACCUGACCGCCACCAUCACGUAUACCGAUCCGCCGCUCGUGUAUGCAGUGAGUGACGAGAAGGAUGCGACGGGCGAGAGCCGGUAUACGCGCAUUCAGGUGCGCGUGGAUAGUAAGGUUAGGGAUGUGGAACAUGGGGUUGCGAAGCCGACGGGGCAGUUCAACUAUACAUUUACGGUCGAUAAGGAUAUCAAGGUCAUGCCGAGGACGUAUAGUGAGUUCAUGAUGUACAUUGAUGCCCGCAGGAGGGUGAAGCAGGUAGCGGCGAGCAUCAAUGAACAAGAGCCGGCGGUGGGCGAGCGCGUUGACGCUGGGGAGAAGAAGAGGGUUACGGAGUAG